AAAAGGAUGGCAAAACGACGACGUGACGUUUGACAAAAGAAACAUCAUCGCGUUUUUCUUUUCAAAUGUGCUGCUGCGAAAAAAAUAGAGAGCUCAUUUUUCGCGAAAAAUACCCAUUUUUUGGGCCAGAACUGACGUGAGCUGUGCUUGAGCAAAAAAAAAAAAAGUGAACAAAAGAAGCAAAAAAUCAAGGCGAUGAGUGUGGACACGUACGAUGGGGUGGUCAAUUCCCAAACGUUGACGUUCCUGGACACCGAGGAGAACGAUCUAAUCGGAGCGGAUACCCAGGGAACGGACUAUGAUUUUCGCGACUUUACGAUUCCGUCGCAGAGCCAAACGUUGGCCUCGCAGUUCGAUCACUUGGGUGCCGGAGCUGCUAGUCAGCUCAACGGGUUUGGCCGUCGUUUGGGCGGUUCGGACAAGCUGAAAGUGGCCGGCAUAACAUCGGCCAUCGGUGAGUUGCAGUUCGAGGAGGAUGAUGCAGAUGACCCGGUGGCUCAAAGUCAGGAGUUGCCACCGCAUGCUUGCCGCUACUGCGGUAUCCAUGAGCCGAGCACGGUCGUCAUGUGCAACAUCUGCAAGAAGUGGUUCUGCAACGGGCGCGGCAGCACUUCGGGCUCGCAUAUCGUGAACCACCUGGUGAGGGCAAAGCAUCGCGAAGUGACGCUGCAUGGCGAUGGUCCCCUCGGAGAAACGGUGCUCGAGUGUUACUCGUGCGGUGUGCGCAACGUGUUUGUGCUGGGCUUCAUUCCGGCCAAGGCGGAUUCGGUUGUAGUGCUGCUGUGCAGACAACCUUGUGCUGCCCAGAAUUCCAUCAAGGACAUGAACUGGGACCAGGAGCAGUGGAAGCCGUUGAUUGCCGAUCGGUGUUUCUUGUUCUGGUUGGUUAAGGUUCCCACCGAGCAGGAGCAGCUUCGUGCCAGACAGGUAUCGGCUGCCCAGAUCAACAAGCUGGAAGAACUAUGGAAGGAGAAUGUCGAUGCAACGUUCCAGGACUUGGAAAAGCCAGGAAUCGACAAGGAACCGGCACAAGUUCUGUUCCGGUAUGUCGAUGGGUACCAGUAUCAAAACAUUUUCGGACCACUGGUAAAGCUGGAAGCGGAUUAUGAUAAGCGCCUGAAGGAGAGCCAAACGCAGGAAAAUAUAGAAAUGCGUUGGGACACCGGAUUGAACCGGAAGACGAUUGCUUAUUUUACACUAGCUAAAAACGAUGGCGAUAUGAAGUUGAUGCAUGGUGAUGAGCUUCGUUUGCGAUAUACGGGGGAGUUGCAUAAGCCUUGGAGCUGCGUUGGUCAUGUCAUCAAAGUACCGGAUAACUACGGCGAAGAUGUCGGUUUGGAGCUGAAGCACAAUCACCAGGCUCCGAUUGAGUGUACAUCCAACUUUGCGGUUGAUUUUAUCUGGAAGGGUACAUCGUUUGAUCGAAUGCAAAUGGCGUUGCGCAAAUUCGCUGUGGAUGACAAUAGCGUCUCCAACUACAUCUAUUCGAGACUGCUGGGCCACGGUAGACCAGAUGGAUCCGAUGAUGUCACGUUCCGGAUUAAUAAUCUUCCGAAGCACUUCAGCGCUCCGAAUCUGCCGGAUUUGAAUCGUUCCCAGGUAUACGCGGUAAAGCAUGCCCUUCAACGUCCGUUGAGCUUGAUCCAAGGACCUCCUGGCACCGGAAAAACGGUCACUUCCGCUACGAUUGUGUACCAAUUGGUGCGCUUGAAUGGCGGUCCGGUUUUGGUGUGUGCCCCAAGCAACACGGCCGUGGACCAAUUGACGGAGAAAAUCCAUCGCACCAGCUUGAAAGUCGUUCGAGUCUGCGCAAAGUCUCGAGAAGCUAUCGAAUCACCUGUCAGCUUCUUGGCCUUGCACAACCAGAUUCGCAAUAUGGAACAGAAUAGUGACUUGAAAAAGUUGCAGCAACUGAAAGAUGAGACUGGAGAAUUGAGUUCGUCCGAUGAAAAACGCUAUCGCACUUUGAAGAAACAGGCCGAGCGUGAGCUUCUGGAGGCGGCAGACGUUAUCUGCUGUACAUGUGUUGGAGCUGGUGAUCCUCGACUGCAGCGCAUCAAAUUUAGUUCCAUUCUGAUCGAUGAAUCGAUGCAAUCUACCGAACCGGAAUGUAUGGUCCCGGUAGUUCUUGGAGCCAAGCAGCUGAUUUUGGUCGGAGAUCACUGCCAGCUUGGUCCCGUCGUCAUGUGCAAGAAAGCGGCCAAGGCCGGGCUGUCCCAAAGUCUGUUCGAAAGAUUGGUUGUGCUGGGAAUCCGCCCGUUCCGCUUGGAAGUACAAUACCGUAUGCAUCCGGAGUUGUCACAGUUUCCUUCUAAUUUCUUCUACGAAGGUAGUCUACAGAAUGGAGUUUGCGCCGACGAACGUAAGCUGAAGGUAGACUUCCCUUGGCCUUCACCGGAUACGCCGAUGUUCUUCCUGGUGACCCAAGGACAAGAAGAAAUUGCAGGAUCCGGCACGUCGUAUCUGAAUCGUACCGAAGCAUCGAACGUGGAGAAAAUAACGACCCGCUUUUUAAAGGCUGGAGUAAAACCGGAUCAGAUUGGUAUCAUAACACCGUACGAGGGACAGCGAGCGUACUUGGUGCAGUAUAUGCAGUAUCAGGGAUCUUUACACUCCAAGCUAUACCAGGAGAUUGAAAUUGCUAGCGUAGACGCAUUCCAAGGUCGAGAAAAGGAUAUCAUAAUCAUGUCCUGUGUCCGUUCCAAUGAACAUCAAGGAAUCGGUUUCCUGAAUGAUCCGAGACGUCUUAAUGUGGCUCUGACUCGUGCCAAAUAUGGGAUUAUCAUCGUAGGAAACCCAAAGGUAUUAUCCAAGCAGCAAUUGUGGAACCAUCUUUUGAAUUUCUACAAAGACAAGAAAGUGUUGGUAGAAGGAUCUUUGAAUAAUCUAAAGGAGUCGAUGAUUCAGUUUACGAAACCAAAAAAGAUUGUCAACACUUUAAAUCCUGGAUCGCACUUUAUGAACAACGUUAUGUACGAUGCUAAGGAAGCUGGCUAUUUCGAACGCGGCCAUGGUUCUGGCUUUUCCAGUAGCACUUUCGGUAAUCCAGGUCCAAUCGGAAGCAUGAUGAAUGGACCCCGCAAUCAACCUCUGGAUGUGUUUUCCAGAACUCAUGAUCCCAUCAGUUACAUCUCACCGGAUCGUGUCCAAGCAGCCAUGAAUAAUAUGCCCAUUCCGGUUGGAAUGUUCAUGAAUAUGCCAAAUGUUCAACCCCGCUACUUCCAGCAGCAACAAGCAGUUCAGGCAGCUAAGCAAGCUCGUCGCAUCAAACCUGGUGUCAUCGGAAGCAAACCCAAACCGCGCCCCAUUGGACCACCAUCCAAUCAGAUCAACACUUCUGGAGCGAUUGGAACGGGUUCACUGACCCAGGGAAUGUCCCAAAACAUGUCCCAGCCUGGAUUUAGUCUCUCGCAACAACCGGACUUCUCGCAGGAUUACAUGGCCGAAUACCAGUCCCAAGUGGAUGGACUGUUGUCGCAGGAGUCCACAUUUGGACCCAGCCAAUCGGCUGUAGAGCGUUUGGCAUUCGACCUACCGCCAAAUCAGUUCUCGCAGCCGUAUUGAUAGAAGGACCAGAGAUGAACCAGAAUGGCGUAUUGUCCGCACAGGGGAAUUCUGAAGGAAGCAACAAGAGCAGCAGCAGAAACAGCCAAUCAGCAAAAUCUACGUCUACGCCAAGUCACCAAUUCGCAGUUAUACCGAGUAAUGAAUAAAAAGCAAGCAGCAAGGUAAGAGGUGAGACCUAUUACGUACGGAACACACGGCUUUAGGAGGGGGAAGGAAACCUCCCUGGCCAUCGUCAUCGUCGCCUCCCGUCGUCGUCUUGUCGGAUCGGAAGAAUCGGGCGAGGAGGAAUCUGGAAAACCGAAGAGCGACUCUCAUGCAACAAGCAGCAACCACUCACUGGAAUAGUUUCCCUGGAACCAUCAACAGCAGCAGCAACAUCGGCAGCACACAGUGAAACUCAACUCCUGCAACGGAACAACGAAAAAUUGAAUGCUAUCGAUGCAUUCACAGCGUGCACCGACUGGAAUGUGAGUUCCUGAUCCCUGUUGGAGAGGGAGGCACCGAUGAAAAGCGGCUGAAUAGGUUUGGGAGAUGUUCCUGCGAUGAAUGAGUCAAGCUCUUCGAAGAAUGUAAAAUUCCUAUUCUAUUGAAUCGCGAAACCAACCAUCAUCAUCAGUUCUGUAUCCUUGAGUUUCUUCAACAGAUUAUUUUUUAUUCUUUUUCGGUUGUACUUUUCUGUUUGUUCACUGGCAAAGAGCUUUUUAGACGUGUCACCGUUUUUUUCUUGAAAGACAAAGAACAGCCUGUCGUAUCCAGUGCAACGAGCAAUAGUUUUAUUUCGUUUUGGCGAAUUGUUAUAUUUUUAUAUGACUACUACUACUACAACAAUUACAAGAGCUAGUUUGGUGAGCAUUUUCUUUUACGCAAACCGAGAGUAACGAUUUGAAGUCAACUAAUAGAUCACUAAAUCAUAGAAAUUGCUUGGAGAAGGAAUGUAUCUGUUCUUAGAAGCCGAAAUUAAAAUCAUCUGUUUGAUCUAUUCUAUUAUUGAAGCAAUGUUUAUGUUUAGAUAGAGUUCAAAAAUAAAUAGACCGGUUAUUAUUUACAAAUUUACAUACAACUGAAAGGAUGCAACAUAUAUACUGUCAGGUACUACCUUUUCCAAAUAAAUAGUUUCGUUCGGCAA